UCUAAACUUCAUUCGCUUGAUGUUUUUCCGUCGGCCAGUUCUCUUUUUUUCUAAAAUAUAAGUUGUAAUCACGAUUAGAAUCGUAUAAAAACGGUAUUCAAGCGACCAGUGACGGAAAAAAAGCAGAAUUCACGCCGGUACACGAACUUUGCUGUAAGGAGACACUUUAGGAGCUCGACUCAGGUGUUUAAAGCAGUGGAUAUAGCUCGUGAAAAGAAAGCUCGUCAUUGGGAAUCGGCAUAUACAUUCAGUGAAAGAGGACGAUAACCAUGGCGUCAUGGAGUGAAUACCAGACUGAAAGUGAAGAAGAAGCUUUAGCCAAGGCAAUGGAACUUUCGCUUAUGGAAGAUAAAAAAUCGUCAAGAAAAGCGGAGUUCCCGAUUCACAUCGGUGAAGAGACAUCAGAUGGCAGACUAUCAUCGAGAGAAGCCCCCUCGCCAUCAUCCUCUACUUAUCACAGACAAGGCUUGUAUAGCAGAGGAGAGAGUUUGGUAUCGGGAGUUGAUCCUCACAGUGGCCUUGGUCAAAAAAUGGCGGAAUUCCAGAAAGAGAGCGGUGAACUGAGAACAGGUAGGGCACCUUUAUCGCCCCGACAUAGCUCGUCAUUGUCACAGUCACGUGGAAGGAAGACCCAGCAAAUGCAAAGGGAUCCCACAAGUAUUCAAAGGGCUGUUUCUCAGAGGACUGGUGAUAAAACUGCAAGAGCGAUCCCUCUCUGUCUUCCUAACAAUUAUCAGUGGGAUUCUAAGGCUCGUCAAUGUGUUAAAACCAAUGAAAUUCGUUCUUCAUUGUGUGUAGUUGAAGAGGCACUUGAGGAGCUGAGGACAGUCAAAGGCCCAGUGUGCACCGUUGCUGUCGCUGGUCCUUUACGGAAAGGAAAGUCUUACAUUUUGAGUGAGGCUUUUGAUCAACCAGGGGUAUUCCCUCUUGGACACGAAUUUGAUCCGGAGACCAUGGGAAUCUGGAUGUGGAUCGUGCCAGAGAAAUAUAAGGAUUUAAAUGGCCAGGAAGUCACAGUGGUGCUGUUGGAUUCAGAGGGUGUUGACGCUGCUUUCAGUGAAGGUCGUGACGACAAUCAGAUAUUUACUUUAACCGUUCUGUUGGCUUCCGUGCUCAUUUAUAACUCAAGUGGUGUUCCCACAAGGAGUGAUCUCGAUAGUCUGCACUUUAUCUCAAAGCUGUCUGAACGAAUCCAUGCAAGAUCUAACUGGAAAGAGACUGAUAAGAAAAAAGAAGAAGAGUUCUUACACAGAACGUUUCCUUUCUUUAUUUGGUUGCUGAGAGAUGUAGCGCUCUCCAUUCCACGCGACUGUAGAGACAUCAAGGAUUACUUCUUGAAAAAGGUCUUCCGUCAGGACGCUUCCCGAAGUAGGAGUGAAAAUGGUGAUUAUGUACCAGAUGUAGCCGAGGACAUCUUGAGGUUCUUUCCUGGUUUUGAAGCGUUUGCCCUAUCCCCUCCCUCAACUGAUCUAAAUGUGUUAAAAAAUCUUAACACGAAGAAGGAUCAAUUACAGCCUCAAUUUUUGAGUGAAUUAGAGCAGAUUAAGAAAAGGAUAAAGUCCAUGCUGGUCCCAAAACACAGCUGCACUGAAGGAGAGCUUAUAACUGGGGAAGGUCUUGCCGCCCUGAUCACCCCAUACGUUUAUGCCAUCAACACUCCUGGUGUUGUUCCAAAUGUACAGGACGAGUGGGAUCUGCUUGUACAAAACAAGUGCUCAGACACCAGAAAGAAAUGUCAACAGAAAUAUAACGAGCUUAUGGCCUUAAAAGCCCUACAACUGCCAUGUGAUAAUGCUGAGAUACGUUGGUGUCACAACUCCGCAAUGGAGAAAGCUGAAGAACUGUUCAAGGCGGAAAUGUCUGGCAUUUCAAUUACCACGGUGGAGAAGCAUCUGAGGCAACUGAAGAGUUUUUUCGAGAAAAGGUUGAACGAAUUGAAGACUAAGAAUUCAAGGUUAACAAGACAAUUUUGUGAUGAUCUCCUGUUACAACUAAAAACAAAACACCUAGAUCCGGUCAUUGAACAGCUUCAAGGAAGAGAAGAUUCGAAAUUAUCAUUCGAUGACAUCUUGAGCGUUUACAGGCAUAUCAAAGAUGACUAUGAGGCAGAAUCAAGGGGUGCUAAAGAUGCCAUUGCUGAGGCGUUCUCCGACUUUCAUCGCAUACUAGCUGAGGAUGCAAAACACAACCGUGAUAAGCUGAAACAACUGAAAGAUUUUGACCAAAGAGCUGCUAAGGAAAUAGUAGCAGAAGCUUUCAUAGAGCGAAAAAGGAGACAGGUUGAGGAAGACAAAGCUGGUUUACUGCAAGAAAAUCGAACAAUGGAAAAGGAGACGCAGAUGCUGAUUGACAGAUCAGAAAAAGAGAGAGCUGGAAUGCAAGUGCAAAAGGAAGAAAUGAUGAAAAAGGAGCGCGAACAAUUGCAGAAUAUGAAGCAGGCAGGCCUGGUAGAUGCCCAGGAGCAAAGAGAAGCCUACGUCAAAGAAAACCAGGCCAUUGGUGAGGAACACAUGGAAAUGAUGAAGAGCAUUUUAGAAAUGAUCGCUGCAAACCAAAGGGAGAACAAGCAGCUUCUUGAACAAAUGAAGACACUUUCACCUGAAGAGUUCAAAGAGUCAGUGAAGGAGCUAGAAAGAAGGCAAUCAGAAAGUGUAAAUGCGCUCCUGAUGAAAAUGGAAGCUCGUGUGGGUGGCAUAAAAUCAAGCGGCGGGGAAGACUUUAACACCACAACAAAAGACGAAGAAUGUGCUAAAAAGGAGGAGGAUUUGCUAGGCAUGAUGACUUCGAGGGCACAAACCGCUGGGGAUCUACACCAAAGGUUGGUAGAAAAUGAAAGAGAUCAAAGUGAUCUCAGAACGGGUGAAAUGUUGAAGAAAGUUCUCAAGUUCAUCGAAGAUGUUGCACCCGUGGUUGGCAAAGUAGCAGCUCUUCAUCCAACAUGUUCACCUUAUGCUAUGCCAGUGGCCUCAGCCGUGAAAAGCAUCGCCCAAGCUAUGCAGUCUCUUGACUGCAGUAUCAUGUAACUAUUGUCUCUAGGAGAUUUCUUUUGCGGAAACAGAACGUGGGCUAGAAGCUAAAUGUUACGAAACUGUGUUUGGGGUUUCAUUAAAGUAACCAGUGACCAUUAUAUAGAAUUUAUAGGGAAGAGAACAGCAGUACGUUCUUUUAGGGUCUUGCAAAAAAAAAAAAUUAAUGAAGUAGAUUGCGUCUUCUUUCCUGCAAAAACAUAAAUACAUUAAGCCGUGUAACAGCUAACU